UGCUGUUGCUGCCGGGAUAGAAAAAAACAACAUCGUCUUCUGUUUGUUUUUUUUGUUUGUCAUCGAUGUUUUAUGAUUGUAUUUGUUGGUUUUUAUAAGUGUUACUGUAAUUCCGUAGAUAACGAAAGGUGAUUCGUAAUUACAACAUUGACGGCGCUUCUGGAACUCCGAAAUAAUAAUCAAACCAAAGAAAACGUCUAGUUAGCUAGCUAGAGGCUGAUUCCCUCAUCUUUAGCUUAAACGGCGUCGUCGUUAAAACGGUAGUUCUAAGUUAGCUAGCUAGCAAGCAAGCACGUUAGCGAGCUAAAUAGCUACCUGUGCAUUAAUCGGAAUGCUUUUCUUUUGAAAUAGACUACAGAUAGCCACAGUAGUGUUUAUUUUAUUUAUAUUUUAAAGGUUUGUGGUUAAAGAUGGGCUCAAUACUCAGCCGGAGAAUUGCUGGGGUUGAGGAUAUCGAUAUCCAAGCAAAUUCAGCCUACAGAUAUCCUCCCAAAUCUGGAAACUAUUUUGCCAGUCAUUUUUUCAUGGGAGGGGAGAAGUUUGACACUCCACAUCCUGAGGGAUACUUGUUUGGAGAAAACAUGGAUCUCAACUUCCUUGGGAACAGGCCUGUGCAGUUUCCUUAUGUGACUCCUGCACCACAUGAGGCUGUGAAGACCCUAAGAAGUCUGGUCAACAUCAGGAAGGACUCUUUACGCCUCGUCAGGUACAAGGAUGACGCCGACAGCCCGACGGAGGAGGGGGGAAAGCCUAGGGUCCUUUACAGCGUGGAGUUCACCUUUGAUGCAGACGCUCGUGUGGCCAUCACUCUGUACUGCCAGGCCUUCGAGGAGUUCACCAAUGGAAUGGCAGUGUACAACCCCAAGAACCCUGCCAUGGUCUCUGAAACGGUGCACUACAAAAGAGGUGUCAGCCAGCAGUUCUCACUCCCGUCCUUCAAAAUUGAUUUCUCCGAGUGGAAAGAGGAAGAGCUCAACUUUGAUCUGGACAGAGGGGUCUUUCCCAUGGUAAUCCAGGCAGUGGUGGACGAAGGGGAUGAAGUCACGGGGCAUGCACAUGUACUGCUGGCUGCCUUUGAAAGACAUGUUGACGGCAGUUUCUCUGUGAAGCCUUUAAAGCAGAAGCAAAUCGUGGACCGUGUCAGCUACCUGCUUCAGGAGAUCUAUGGGAUUGAAAACAAGAACAACCAGGAGACAAAGCCCUCGGAUGACGAGAACAGCGACAACAGUAACGAGUGUGUGGUGUGCCUGUCGGACCUGCGGGACACGCUCAUCCUGCCGUGCAGACAUCUGUGCCUGUGCAACUCCUGCGCAGACACGCUGCGCUACCAGGCAAACAACUGCCCCAUCUGCAGACUGCCCUUCCGAGCCCUGCUCCAGAUCCGCGCCGUGAGGAAGAAGCCUGGAGCGCUGUCCCCCGUGUCCUUCAGCCCCGUUCUGGCACAGACCAUGGACCACGACGAGCACUCGAACUCGGACAACAUCCCCCCGGGCUUCGAGCCCAUCUCUCUCCUGGAGGCCCUGAACGGGCUGCGCUCCGUGUCCCCCGGUAUCCCCUCAGCUCCCCUCUAUGAGGAAAUCAAUUUCUCAGGGAGCAUUGGAGACCCCUUGCCUCUGUCUGGCCGCCAGCUGGGCUCAGUGGAGCGUUCUGGGGAUGCUGGGCUGCAGAAGGGGAAGGUCAGCAAAUCACCUGACAGUACCCUCCGGUCCCCCUCAUCCCCCAUCCAAGAGGAGGAUGAAGAGAAGCUGUCAGAGGUGUCUGACGCACAGCCACAUGCCCUGCUGUCCAGCAGCCCAGCUUCAACUGAGGCCACAGCAGCUGAAGAAGCUCCAGAAUCAGUCACUCCCGAUGAAGAAGACCGGCCGCGCUCUGUGGCUGAGAUUCUCCAGGACUGCAGCAGCGAGCACAGCUGCCUGACCAAGACAGAGAGCGACCCGCCAGUGGAGCUGUCCCUGCCAGGCUCGUCGGAGUCCACAGAGAGCCUGAAGAGCCAGAGUACCAACAGCUCCAGUCAGCCUCUCCUGUGUCCCCCAAGCAGCCUGCACAUCGAGGACGAGCAGCUCACCCCGUAACGAGGGGCCGGGGCCGCCCACACCCCCUUCAAUAUCACCCAUAUCCUCCCAUCACAGCCCGGUGUCCACCCCCCAGAGCCCAGCAGCCAGGCCUCCACUGCUGAGCCGUUCACACGCCUGCAGUCCUCUCCUCCAUGUUCACUCCGCGCUCACGCACCCACAGGAUUGUAGUCAGCUGCAGCUCUGCACUAGGAGGAGGGUGAGCAGUGCAGGACACGGCUGAAAUGGUCAUCGUCUUCCUGGCCCUUCCAGGAAGGGCGUCCCAGGCCCCCCUCCAGUCCCAGCGGCUGACAUGGAAGACAGACCUACCCGCUUCUCCCUUGGAAGCAGGGGGCUUUGUCCACCUUGAAUCUUCGCUGAAUCUCCCUCUGCACAUUUCCUGCUCAUCAAGUACCAGCAGAUUGCCAUCUCUGUCCUCUUGUUGGUCAGGGUCCUCUUGGAGCCAGCACUCACCCAUGAGUCUAAACCGUGGCCUGGAAUCCCAACUCUCUGAGUCAGAACCAGCACAAAACAGGAUUGAGCUGCCCAACUAUCCUUUCACCUGACAGCACAACAAAUGCAUUUACCCUCAACACUAAACAGGCAGGUUUGUCUAGCUGCAGCAUAAUCAUGCUAACAAGUUAGUUUUCUUGAUGUUGUUGUUAAAUUGUUAACUAAGUAUAAUACAAUAUGCUUGCAAAACCCCCAGAUAAGAACAUUUGUGAGAUAUUUCAGUCUGGGCCAUGAUCCCUUAACAGAUGAGAGUUCUCUAAUCCUUUGAAUGAAGUAUGCAAAUAUAAUGUUGCUUGAAUCGAACCAUGAACUGACUUUGAAGACUUCAGCUCUUAAAUCAAAGACAUUUUCUCAUUAUGGUGACUGGGAAGUUGCUGACGCACAUUGAUUUCCAUGAAAGCAGAUUGUUUCCAGUAGUUUUUCACCAUAUUUAAAGCUUGACUGAAAGAAAAAUUAGAAAUGAUGGAAGGUGAUCGGAAAUUUCUGUCCCUUUGGUGAAUUGUGUACAAAGUGUCGUCAGUAUGGUUUUGUAUUUUCUAACUUUUAUUUUUGAUCUAGGGUAAGAACUCAUCAGCAGUCAGCAGGAUCCUCAGAAUCUUUCCAACCAAAAUAGUGACAAUAGGAGACAAUAUGACAUGUUAUUUUGUUUCAUCCAGUGAGUGAUUUUUAUUAUUUGAAAUGUCUCCAACUUAACUAAUUUUGACAGAACAAAAAGUAUAUCAAACUGUAUAGAGCUUUGAAAAACACCUAUGUCCAAAAUGAAGUAUAAUUGUAAAAAUUGUAUUUAGGUGGAAAAACAUUGUCAUUGUAUGGAAUAGAUUGGGGUGAUGCUAGCGGUAAAUUAAUUUUUUCUCAUAUAUAUUCCAUCACAUGGCCCUGUUUUUCGACUCUCACCACAUCAGAGGGUAUAGCAACAAUCCAGCUACCCAGUGCAGACAUAAAAUAUAAUGCUUACAGUGUACCUCAUAGAUGUAACAGAUCACUAGGCAGUGACUUUAGAAAAGCUGGGAUCCACCCAGUUGGCUGGUUUCACCGUUUGUGGUGACCAAGGCAAAAUUUCACAGCGGGGCCCCCAGAUGAAGUUGGCGCAUGCUUCUUCAUGGAACAUUCGUGAAAAUUUGCAGCUUGAUGGCUGCCUUUUAUGAUAUUUGGGAGGGAAUGAUGAAUGAUUUUGUGUUUGGAGUUCAAAAACCUAGACACUCCCACUUAAAAUGUGAAAGAGCUGAAAAUGUGUAACACCAUGACAGAGCUUUCAUUAGACUGCUUUCCUGGAAUCCUAUGGUAGGCAAAGGCCCUGAGUGAUUUGCCUUGUACGCCCACUCCCUCAAACUGGUCUUGGAUCUGUGCCUGUCAAGUGAUGUUACGCACUGAGAGAGACUACCUGUGCUGCUGUUGUCAGUGUCCGCUAUACAUACGUUGACUGUUGCAGUUUCAGUCAGUCCUUGCUCCUGUAAACGUAGCAUUGUGUAUAGGUGUACUCGUGCCUUUAAAAUUAAGCAGAAAUGGCUGAUGGUUGUUUUGUGCUUCUCUGUUCAUGUCGAAAAAUAAGACGACUUGUUAAAGGUGUAAUGCUGCUGGAAGUGUAGGUUUUAUUGAGGGGCUCUAGUCAGAGAUGAUGAUGGUUUGAAUUGCCUAGUCCAGUAAUAUCUCAGAUGCGUUAGUCUGAUUUAUAUUGCGGCUGCCUUCUGUUAAACUGUGUACAAUAUCUAUAUAUGAAUACAUUGUAUCAGAGAAUUAUGUAGUCCAACGUAAGUAAUGGGCACGAAAAAGAUUUGUUCUGUUUCUGAUUGCUCUGCCUUGAUAGCUACUCUGAUUAAACAGAACAGUAGUCCGUAGUACAGAGUAUUCUCUUCUUUCUGUCUGCCUUUCGCUAACUUUUUUUGGACCGUUAUUGAACAACUUGUGUAAAUAGACAUUUGAACUUUUUUUUUUUUUUUAACCAAAACUGGAGGUACGGAGUCUGUGGAAAUGCUAUGUGUUGAGGCUGAUCAUGAGUAUUGGAAGAGCUCUCCCAAAAUGAAUGGUGCACACAUGAAGGAGGUGGCAUACCUUACCAGUGCAUUUUACCAGAAUUUGUUCAUACUAUGGAACCAAGAAGGAAAUAAUCAGUCAUCUUUUAACAUAUCAUUACAAUCUCACAAAAGUUUAUUAACGGUUUCCCCAAGGGAAUACAAAUUAUCUUUUUUAUGUGAACAUUGGAGUGGGUAAUUUAAUUUUCACUUAAUCUCAAACUUAUUCUUUCAUUUUCCCCUAUCAUGUGUCAUUUCAAUGUAGUAAUAUUACCCUGUGCCUUGUUAUUUUUAAGGAUUAUUGACCUGGUAUCCAGUAGAACAGUGUUGGGUCAGUCAUUUCCCAUAUGUGUGCAUAAGCGGUAACACCUUGUGGAAAAACAAGAAAUGUCCUUUCUGCUUCAGUGAAAACACUCACUUAGUUUCAGUUUUUAAUUUUGUUCAUAUUGGUUACACAUCAACAAAUGCUACACAGGUCAGCCUUAUUUUUUGGUGUAGUCCUACACCUUGCCUGCAAAAUUCACCUGUUACAUCCUGUUAUAUUGCCUGCACUGAAGGUGUGGAAGCAGUUGGGCUGGUGCCAUUGUAAAAGUAACCCUGCCUCGGGACCAAUCUAAAGUCACUAAUGACUUUAACUGGAUACAUAAGAGGUAGUUAAAAAGAGCCCAGCUCCCCCAACAACUUUGAAAUUGCAAGAUUGAAUAGUUUUGGUUUUGCAUUGUGAACGUUUGUGGAGUAGCAAUUGCUGAUGACAUUUGUUACAUGGAAGAAGAGAAAAAGGAAUUGAGGAUAUUUCAUAUGUCAUUUGUAAUACUGUACAUAUAUGCUA